AUGAUCUCAUUUAUUAAAUAACUUAUUCUCCUUAACAUAUGGCUCUAUUCGAUAAAUGGAGAUUGGAUUUAAAUAGAUUCUAACUUUAAUGAUACUUCAAUUGAUGAAAAUAAUUGGUAAGUCAAGAAACGCUGCUCAGAUUGUGGAGACAAUUGUGAAUAAGAUUUCUAAACUGAUUAAUGUGCUGAUUCUGUAAAUGAUUUAGAAUAUGCAUUAAUUAAAAAAGACAAAGCAAAACUUUAUAAGUAAUAUGAAUAUUAAAGUUUUCAAACAUAAAUAAUCUUUGAUGCAUAUUUUAGUCGAGCAGAUAAAGAUAAAUCUUCUAGUUUAAAGGUUUAUUAUUAAGAAGAUUCUUCACCAUAUAUGCUUUUUGAAAAAAAUUAUAAAGAAUCUGAUUUAACAUAAAAAUCUAACAGAAUUUGUACUGGAGGUUCAGAUACUGAAUUUGAUUUAAUUACUGUUGUCAGUAAUAUAAUAGAUAAUAAUGCUGAAAAAUUUUGGAUUACUUUCUGUUUAGAUCCAGAAAAAGAUGACGUAAAAGUGUUUAUCAGAAAUUUACUAAUUUAUGUGAAUACUUGUUACCCUACAUGUAAAACUUGUAAUGGUGCAUCAAAAACUUCAUGUCAAUCAUGCUAUUAUAAUUCUGUAUCAUCAGGAUAAUGCUCAUGUCCAUCUGAUCAUCAAUUCUCCUAAACAACAAUUGGAUGUAGACAAGAAUGUGAGAGAGAUUAUUUCAUAGCUUAAUCAGAUAAUAUUUGUGUAUCUGACAGAAGAAUUAAAUCAAACGUUAAAUAUUUUGAUUCUAAUUAAAUAUCAUUAUCUAAUUAUCCUAGAUAUACACCAUUUGUCUUUAUUCCAGAUUUAUUACAAUAUUCAAAUACUGACCUUAUUUUUGAUCAAUGUGAUGGUAAAGAUUUUGUUGGAGAAAUGAAAUUUUGUGAAGGAAUGUUUUUAAAAAUGGCAAACAUAAAUGCUUUAAAAUUUAUUAGAAUAAGAAUCACAUUUUACCUUUUUAGUCUCUAAAUUGACAGUAGAAUUUAAAUCUAUUUAGAUGAUAUACUUUAAACUUAAUUAGUAUAAUAAUCAUCACAAUUUUAAUGCAUUUAAUGCACUAAAAUAUAUACUAAAACAGAUAAUUGUGAUUCAAAACCAUAUACUUUAAUUAGAAUAGAAGCUAUUCUUAAAUCAUUUUCUAAUUCACCAUAAUUAACUUUAUAAGGUAAAUUAUAAUAAAGUACAGAAUCAUGGGGAUUCAAUAAUGUAACCAUUGAUUCAGGAUUAUGUUAAGAAAAUUGUAAAAUAUGUUCUACUUUUAAUGAUUGUUAACAAUGUGAAACUAAUUAUAAAUUAUAUUAAAAUGGUUGUGUCUCUGAAUGUCCUAUUUAUUCAUCAAAUUGUGUAGAUUAUGCUGAUAUCAUACCUUGUAAUUAUAUUAUUUAUUUUAGAUUCCAGAUAUUUAGCAAAAGGAUUCUAUGAUAUGAAUAUGACAGAUUAAUAAAUCUCAACCUUUUUUGAUUCAGUUACUAAUCCAACUACUAAUUUUAAAACAGGUUAAAAAUUUUCAUUUUUCCCCAAAAAGUUUGUUUUAGGAGGUAUUAUGGUCUGGAACAAUGCCAAUUAUAUUAAAUCUUGGGUAAUCUCUAAACCUCAUUAUGCUGUAACCAUAAGAUUUAAUUUAACAUAUGGUGAUGAAUAUUCUGGUAAUUUUUAUUACAAAAUUGGAACUGAUUUAAGUGUUGCAUUUCCUAAACCAUCUUCUGGAGGUUAAAAUAUUAUUGGUAGAAGUAAAUAAGAAAGAACUAGGCAUUUUAAUAUUCCCAUAAAUCCAUUUAAAACAUCACCAUUGAAUUUUGAACUCUAAUGUACAGGAGGUGAUUCAGAUAUUAGAUAAGAGUUUUGUGCUAUAUCAGAGUAUUUUAUAGUUGUGCAUUAUGUAUUUAUUCAUUAAAUUAUAAAAAGUGUCCUCCUUUUUGUACUGAUUGUUCAAGUGAUUCAGUUUGUAAUGUUUGGUAAUCUGGUUAUACUAAUUCAUAAUGUGCUUCAAAUUAAUUUUAAACAUUUAAUCCUACAACAGAAACAUAUAUUUGUAAUACUUGCACUUAAAUUGGUUGUCUUACAUGUAAUAAUUUAGAUGAAUGUACAUCAUGUUAAUAAGUAAAUCAAUUUGAAUUAUAAAAUGGAAUUUGUUUAUGUUAAUCAUUUCAUUAUCUAUCAGGAACUUCAUGUUAAAAAUGUAAUAAAUAUUGUGAAAAUUGUGAUGGGAAUAGUAAAAAUAAUUGUAUAUCUUGUGUCUCUGAUUUUUAUAGAGCAAUCUCAUUUAAUACAUGUGUUUGUUAAAUAGGAUAUUAUGAUGAUGGUAUCAAUUUGCCUUGUUUACCUAUUUGUGGUGAUAAUUUAGUUGUUGAAGGAGAAGAUUGUGAUGAUGCAAAUCACAAUCCUUUUGAUGGUUGUCAUAAUUGUAAAUUUACAUGUGAUGAACCAUGUACAUAUUGUGUAUCAGGAUAAUGUCUAUUAUGUUAAGAAGGAUAUAUGUUAUUUUAGAAUAAAUGUGCUUCAAUUUGUGGUGAUAAUAUUAUAAUUCCAAAAUUUGAAUAAUGUGAAGAUAAUAAUUUAACUUAAUAUGAUGGAUGUUUUGGAUGUAAAUUUUCAUGUUCUUUAUAUUGUAUUGAUUGUUAUUUUGGAAAUUGUCUCAAAUGUGAUGAAAUUAAUGGUUGGUAUUUAUAAAGUGAUAACACAUGUACUACAGAAUGUGGAGAUGCUAUCAAAGUAUUUCAAGAAGAAGAGUGUGAUGAUGCUAAUUAAGAACCUUUAGAUGGUUGUGAUUAAUGUGUAUAUUCUUGUAAUAAAUAUUGUUUGGAAUGUAUUAAAGGAACUUGUAUGAAAUGUGAAUAUGGAUAUAAAGUAGAAAGUAGAACAAAUUCUUGUAUUAUUGAUUAUAUUUGUGGUGAUAAUCAAAUUAUUAAACCUAUGGAAAUUUGUGAAGAUUAGAAUAAUUUAAAAUUUGAUGGUUGUUAUAAUUGUUAAUUUAGUUGUUAAGAUUCUUGUACUAAUUGUUCAAAUUAAGGUUGUUUGGAAUGUAAUACAUAAGGAUGGGAAUAUAAUCUUAUUGAAAUGAUAUGUGAACCUAUUUGUGGUGAUGGAAUUAUAGUUAUUAAUUAUGAAGAAUGUGAUGAUUUAAUUAGUUUUAAUUGUUAAAAUUGUAGAUUUUAAUGUUAAGAUUCUUGUGAACUUUGUUAUUAUGGAUAUUGUGAUAAAUGCAAAAAAGGAUGGUAAUUGAAUACAUUUGAUAAAUAUUGUUUUCCAAUUUCAGGAGAUUCUUUAAUUGUUGGUUAAGAAUAAUGUGAUGAUUUAAAUAUAAUUCCUUAUGAUGGUUGUUAUUAAUCAUAAUUUCAAUGUUAAACAGCUUGUAUUAAAUGUGAAUUUGGAAAAUGUAAAUAAUGUUAAAUUGGAUAUUUCAAUUCUAAUAGUUAAUGUAAUGAAAUUAUUGGUGAUGGAAUAGUUGUUGGCUCAGAAUAAUGUGAUGAUUUUAAUCUAUCUGCAUUAGAUGGUUGUUUUUAAACUAAAUUUGAUUGUCCUUAAAAUUGUUCUACUUGUUUUAAAGGAAUAUGUUUAGAUUGCAAUAGAAGUUCUGGAUAUGGAUAUCUAGAUAUAUAUAGAAAUAUUUGCAUUUCAUAAUGUGGAGAUUAUAUAUAAUCAUAGGAAGAAGAAUGUGAUGACGGAAAUGAUGUUGCUUAUGAUGGAUGUUAUAAAUGUAAAUUUUAAUGUGAUUUAUAUUGUGAUUAUUGUAUUAAUGGUAAAUGCUUAUUAUGUAAAGAAGGAUAUUAUCUAAAUAAAAAGAAAAAUGAAUGUUUUAGCAUUUGUGGAGAUGGUAUCAUUGCUCAUGAUGAAUAAUGUGAUGAUGGUAAUAAUAUUGUAAAUGAUGGUUGUUCUGAUUGUAAAUCUUAAUGUCAUUAAUAAUGUACUAUAUGUAUUGAUAGUUACUGUUAUGAGUGUAAAGGAAUAGGUUGGGAAUUAAAUUUAAUAUAAAGAUAAUGUUAACCUUUUUGUGGAGAUGGAUUAGUUAUUGGUAACGAAUAAUGUGAUGAUGGUAAUGAUUAAGGUGAAGAUGGAUGUUUUGAAUGCUUUUAUUAAUGUUAAGAUCAAUGUACAAAAUGUUUAAAAGGUACUUGUAAAGAAUGUAAUACUCUUGGUUGGUACUUAGAAUGGGAUCAUUGUUUUCCUUAUUGCGGAGAUAAACUAGUUGUUGGAUAUGAAGAAUGUGAUGAUGGUAAUGCAAUACCUUUUGAUGGUUGCUAUCAAUGUAAAUAUUAAUGUUAAGAACAAUGCACUGAUUGUAAAAAAGGAAUAUGUUAUGAAUGUGACAUUUAAGGUUGGACCUUAAUGAAUCAUCUUUGUAAUCCUAUUUGUGGAGAUGGUUAUGUUGUUUUUGGGUAUGAGUAAUGUGAUGAUGCAAAUAAAUUAUAAUAUGAUGGAUGUUUUGAAUGUUUCUAUUAAUGUGAAGAAAUUUGUACAUUAUGUGAACUUGGAAUAUGUUAUGAAUGUAAUAAUUUAGGCUGGAUUAUUGAAAGAAAUAAAUGUUAACCUUAUUGUGGAGAUGGUUUAGUAACAGGAAAUGAAAAAUGCGAUGAUAUGAAUGAUGAUUUAAAUGAUGGUUGUUAUCUGUGUUAAUAUGCAUGUGAUUAAUAUUGUAUUGAUUGUUAAGAAGGAAUAUGUUGGUUGUGUGAAUCAGGAAGAAGUUUAGAUAAGAAUAUUUGCAUAACUCAAUGUGGAGAUGGUUAUUUUGUUAAAUAAGCAGAAUAAUGUGAUGAUGGCAAUAAUGAAAAAGGAGAUGGAUGUAAUGAAUUUUGUUAAAUUGAAAAAAAUUUUGUUUGUCUAAAUACUGAAGGAAGCUCUUCAAAUUGCUUUUAUUCUAAAAUGCCAGGAUUUAAACUUAUUCUAAUAACAAAAGUGCCUGAAGAUUUUGAAGAAGUCAAUUUGGUAUUUGAUUAAAAAAUGAAGAUAAACGGAAAUAAUAUAAGUGAUAUCUCUAAUAAUAUCUUAACUGAAAUUAAAAAUCUUAAAACUAGUGAUUAUUUGAUUACCCAUUCUAUUGAAAAAUCAAAUGAUGAAAUUACUGAAAUUGUCAUUAAAUUUAUGAUUAAUUUUUAUGUUCCUAUCAAUUUACCAGUGUUAUAAGUUAAAAUUUUAAAUGAUCCAAUCAUAUCAGAAUUUAAUUUAACAUUAAAAGAGGAUUAAGCAUCUCUUUAAUUGUUAACACCUAUGGUUUUAAGUGCAGAUUAAAAGGCUAUUGCUGAAAGUGCUACUAUUUUUAAUGAGGCAAUAAUAUAUUCAUUAGCAGCCAUAUCUUCAGUUUGUUUAUUAACAGGUUCUACUGAAUUAUUUUGGAAUUUAAUGGAUUAGUUAUAAUACUUGUCAUAUAUUAAGUACGUGAAUAUACAAUUUCCAAAUAAUUUGAAUAUUUAUUUUGAUAUGUUCAAAUUAGUAACAAUCUCUCCUUUAAUGAAAACAUUAGGAAUUGAUGCAUUUUUUAAUUCUCUUGAUGGUGAAGCUACAUAUUUUAUUAAAACUUAAUCCAAAUUUGAAAAAGAUGAAAUCAAUGCCUAUUUUUUUUUAAAUUUCCAGAGUUUUUUAUUUUGCUUUAUUACAGCAUAUUCUGGAUAUUUAAUUACAUAUUAUUCUCACUUUGCUCUUUAUCGUUUAGGUCCUUAUUAUAUUUCUAAAGUAUCCUUUGGUAUUGGAAAAAAAAUAUUGGAAUUUAGAAUAAGCUUAAAAAAGAAAGCCAAUGAAUUUUAUUAUAAUGGAAUUUUGAGAAUUUUAAUGUCAAAUGCUUAUGAUAUUUGUUUUGCAACAACAAUUUAGUUAACUUAUUUUUAGUAUGAAGAUCCUGUAUUAAUAUUUAAUUCUUAUCUAUCACUUUUUGUAUUCUUAUCUUAUUUAGGCAUAUCAAUUUAUUCUUUUAGCAUUAUGCAUCAUUUUAGUGAUUCAACAAGCUUAAAGAAAAAGGUUUAAUAUGAUGCACUUUUUGAAGGAAUUCAAGAACAAAAAUCAUAUUGGAUAAUGUAAUAUAAUUCUAUCUUAUUAAUUAAAAAGCAAAUAUUCAUAUCUAUUAUUGUUUUUAUGUAAAAAGAAGGAUAACUAUAAACUAUUUGUGUAGCAAUUAAUUAAUCAUUCUUUUUGUGUUAUUUGAUUAUGAAUAAACCAUUAACAAAUAACUAUGAAUAUUUUAAAAUGGUGUCAACAGAAGCUAUUCUAAUCUUUAAUGUUUUAACAUUUUUGAUAUAUUAAAAUAGAGUUGAAUUGGAUUUAACAUUGCAAUAAUGCAUAAGUUUAGGUUGGGUUCAUAUUUUUACUUCAACAAUGAUUUUAGCAAUUUCUCUAAUAUUUGAUUUGAUAUAACAAUUGAAAUUAUUAAUCAAAAAAUUGAAACCUCGUUUAAGUGGUUAAUCACUAUACGAAACAGGUGCUCCGGUUACACUUUUUUAUUGA